CCAGCAUCUUCACAAGAUUGGAAACCACAAGUGAAGCGGCAAUGGUGCUUAGAUGUCGCUAAGCGGCUCCCCUUCAUCAACAACAAGUCGACCUUUUCAUCAUGGCCGACACAGAGAAUUUUGUCUCUCAACUACCACAGCCCACUCGCUAUGGGCAGCCAUCGCCUCAAAAGCAGCUCACAGAGCUGAGUGCCUCAGCCAACAACUCACGCAGCGCUAUGCCUCCUCCUGGUUUCACGAACCACAAACGACAAGGAUCGAACUUACCCGAACCAGCCUCGAAGAGAAAGACUCUCGCUGAACGCGCUGGCGAACCGAUCAAAGCUACACCUGCUGCUCCGAGGUCCAAUGCACCAGUCAACUCUGCUGUCAUGGCCGCCGUCCAUUCCCGCAAUCCGUCCUCAUUCUCCCAGUCAUACAGAAGCAAUUCUUCCCAAUCGAGGAACACCUCGAACUCGACGGCCUCUUCGUUCUCAAUGAGCGUGGGCAGCGCCAUCCGGCCACCAGCAGUUCGGCCCACCUCGAACCUUGCCCGACCGAAGUCGUCACUUGCUAAAGAGAGAGGAACACGCUCGGCCAACCCGAGGCCUGCUACGUCGAUGGAUACCCGUGGAGAGACCCAGGAAGACCCUAAUAAUAAACGUAUGGUUGAUACUCCCAUUGCCCCGCUGAACUUCGCUGCCCGUGCCCCAAUGCAUCCGAUGAGGAACGCAAUCAUGGUUUUUCCCAAGAGAGACACUCGCAGCUUCUCAUCCAUAAGAGCUGCUGGCCCUCUCAUAGGUCCGCGGCCAAUUCGUCGAGAAAUGUCGAGGACCUUUUCAAUCACCACACGUAUGGCAGAGCUUUCGUUGUGCCCGGAGACUCCCAAGCCCAGGGCUCGGCCAGACAGUCCCUCAAAGCUACCUCUGCCAUCACCACGAGUCUCGAAAUUUCGAGAAAAGCCCGCCUUCAGUCCUCCGCCUUUUCCUAAGCCCACUCCGUCUCCUUGCAAAAACAAGACAGGACUCAAGCUGACCAAGUAUUCUGAUCUAGAGGUCUGGGAUCCCGAGGAACAGUACAGCAACAUGGAAAGAAUGUAUGAGGAUGUAUGCAAGCACUACAAACAAGCAAUGGACGAUAAUGUAGAAGCGAAAGAAGCCAGUCAUGCGUACAAGUCGACCAUUGCCAACUUGGAACAGGAACGGAAAGAGAUAACCGAGAACAUAAUAUCUCUUAGAUGCGAACUAGAAACAACAAAAUUCCGCCUUGAAGCUGCCGAGAGAUCAAAGCAUGAACUCCAACGAGACAACGAAGAAGAGGUCGAAGACAUCAAGCGUCAACAUCGCAUCGAGUUUGAAACCAUUCGUCAAUUACAUCGUCAAGAUACGGAGCGUCUCAAGGAAGAUCACAGAGCGGAAAUGCGGGAGUUGAAGAAGAGAUUGGAAGAAGAACUUGAAAACGAGCGAACCCAGCGAUUGCAAGCUCUGAGCCAAGUUUCGACUCAAGGAGCCCUGGAGAAGCAAAGACAUCACAUGGACAUCGAAGCCAAGGAGCAGGAAAUCAGGAACAUCAGCAUGGAGAUUGAACGAUUGAAGGCAGACCUCGUGCGGGAGAAGAUGCUCAACGAUGACCUUCGACAGAAUUUGAGCUCGGCAGGCUCUAAUGCAGCUGCGAUGGAAAGCGCUCGACAAGCACUUCAGGCCAAGAUCGAAUACCUUGAGUCGGACAGCAAAUCUCAGUCAGAAGCAUACGCAACUAUGGAAAAGAGGAUGAACGAGGCUCUUGAGAGAGCAACGGAAUGUGAAGAGAAACUUAGGAAGGAAGAAAUGCUUCGCCGAAAGUUGCAUAAUCAAGUUCAAGAACUCAAAGGCAAUAUUCGAGUGUUCUGUCGUGUACGACCUUCGAACGGAGUUGAAGGAGAAGAGACGGCCAAAUUCAACUUCCCCGAGACCGACGAAGACCCUAAAGACAUCGAAGUCAAAGGUCCAGAAGAAACAAGCAGCCUUGGAAAGGUCACCACAAAGACUCAUCAAUUCUCCUUCGACCGAGUCUUUGCCCCUGCGAGCAACAACGUCGAGAUCUUUGAGGAAAUCAGUCAACUCAUCCAGUCGGCGCUUGAUGGGUACAACGUGUGCAUCUUCGCUUACGGUCAGACUGGAUCUGGGAAGACGUUUACAAUGUCGUCGGAAGACGGUAUGAUCCCACAAGCUCUGCGCCAGAUCUAUAGCACAAGCAAAGAGCUUGAAAGCCGGGGGUGGAAAUACACUAUGGAAGGCAGCUUUGUUGAGGUAUACAAUGAAGAGCUGCGAGAUCUGCUCGGAAAUGAUGGUGACAGCGACAAGCCCAACAAGAGACAUGAGAUUCGGCAUGACAUGGCAACAUGCGAAACGACUAUAACGGAUGUGACGACGCUGACCCUCGCCAGUCAAGUGCAAGUGGAGGGCAUACUAUCCCAAGCAAUGUCGAGAAGAUCGGUUGCUGCCACAAAAGCGAACGAGCGAAGCAGCCGAAGUCACUCUGUCUUUAUUCUCAAGUUGACUGGGUCCAACUCAAUUACCGGCAAGAAAUGCAAGGGGACGCUUAACCUGGUCGAUCUUGCCGGAUCUGAACGCUUAACACACUCUCAGGUCGAAGGUGCUCGUCUGAAAGAGACUCAGAACAUCAACAAGUCUCUAUCAUGCCUUGGCGAUGUUAUCGGAGCCUUGGGACAACAACAAGCCACUGGAGGCUUCAACGGGCGCAGUAGCGUCAAUGGCGCAUCGACUGGCACCUCCGCAGGGGCACACAUCCCAUAUCGUAACAGCAAGCUAACGUAUCUCUUGCAAUUCAGUCUUGGAGGGAAUAGCAAGACUCUGAUGUUCGUCAUGGUUGCACCUGAGAAAAAGUGUCUUGCGGAAACAAUCACGAGUUUGAAGUUUGCCGACAAGGUCAGCCGGACGAGGAUAGGCGUGGCGAGGAGAACGAGUGGGAAGUAACAUCAAGCCUUGAAGGGAUGAAAGCAGGUCAGCUGCUUGAACUGUGAGAUUGGCGUUGUCUUAGCGGGCGUCUUUGUGUUUCUUCAUGAAAUGACCGCUCACGACUAGGGAAAGGGCCAUCGAUUGCCAUACACUUUGAAGCUUUUUGGACUCUAAAGCACGUUCUUGGAUGAGCUGGGGCAGUUUUGGGAAGGAGUACUGAAACGGGUAUCGGUAUCCAGAUUCAGCCGAGAGAGGCCAAUGGAGAGCUGCACUAUGUUUUGUCCACUGGGUGUCGUAUAGGACGUCCGUGAGCGACUUCAAUGAAAGCGAAUUUUCGAACUGC